AUGAAGAAGGCACGUCAAGAGCGUGUUUCCGUCGGCUUUGUGGGUGUGAUAAUGGUUGAUCCUCUUGUUCCCAGAAUGGUGUUUCAAUCAAUGAUUCAGUACCCCAACCAGAAUUUGGUAGAAGUUGGAGGAGGUCGACGUAUAGUUGUUGUCGAUGAAUUAGUAAAAAUCGAAGUAGAAGUCGAAGUAGAUAAACGAGGAGGCUUGUUUGUUUGCUGUCAUUCUUAUUGCCAACGAAAGUUCUGUUCUUUGGAGCGCGUCUGUUGCCAUGGACAAGUAUCUUGGAAUGAUUGUUCAAAUUCCGUCCAAAAUGAACUUCGGUUAAAGCAUACUUUUGACUUAAGGAAGAUCAAAGAAUUUAGAUAUCUGACCAAAGCAAUUUGCGUUGAACUGGGAUGUUAUCUCUCUUUAAUACUCAUAAACGCUCUGGCGCACCGCAGGAGCUUUUCGAAAUCGAAAAUUUGUGUGGACUCUAGAUUUUCUUUGGAAGAUGUGAACAAUAUAUUUUUUUUACAAAGUGCGGAUUAUAAAUUUGGAAGGUGUGGAGUAUAG